AUGAAGGCCUUCAUCGCAAUCCUUACGACGUUUGUCGCCCUGAGCGAACUCGUCUCUGCCCACUACCGCUUCACGAGCCUCGUGGUCGGGGGCGUCAACACAGGGGAAUACGUCCAUGUCAGGCGCAACACAAACUACAACAGCCCCGUCACAGACGUCCUCAGCAAAGACAUCGUCUGCAAUGCUGGCGGCCUCUCCUCCGGCCCGGCGACGCAGAUCGCCACCGUCGCGGCCGGUUCGACCGUCGGUUUCGCAAUGGACCAAGCAAUCUACCACGACGGGCCUGUCAUCGUCUGGCUCUCGCCCGCCGCGGGGUCCAACGUCACGACCUACGACGGCAGCGGUCCCUGGGCAAAGAUCUGGGAGCUAGGCGCGCAGACAGGCAACGGGCAGAUCAAGUUCCCCGCCUCGAACCAGGCGGGCUUCAACUUUCAAAUCCCCUCAUGCACACCCCCGGGAGAGUACCUCCUCCGCAUCGAGCAGAUUGGACUACACUCCGCCAGUGCCAAGGCCGGAGCCCAGUUCUACAUCUCGUGCGCCCAGAUCAAGGUGACGGGAUCAGGGAGCGGCACUUCGUUCUCGCCUACUGUCAGAUUUCCGGGCGCAUACACUGGCGACGAGCCCGGUAUCUUGAUCAACAUCUACUACCCUGUGGGUUUCCGCGGUUUCCACGGCGCGGGCAGCGUGCGUGGCUGGUUGGCUGGCCGUGCCGCUUUGUAUAGUCUGUAA